AUGUAUCGAUCGAACGCAGCUGCAAGCGGCUCGGCGAGUAUCUCUGUAGGCGGGGCAGGCUACGGCUUCACGGCCUACUCGCUGCAAGGUCGGUCGGGCUUGAGCGCCUGUGAGGCCUCGACUUGGCUGUCUGAUACGGCAUUGAGCUGCCUCGAGUCCUCGGGACCCGGCGGCAGCCAGCGGGUAUCGGUAACCGUAGACGAAAGAGUCAGCAGCGUCACAGACGCGUACAGCGCAGACAGGACCAGAGUGAGCUCUGUCCUGCGGUCAAACGUGCCGUCGACCGGAUCCCUGUCGGUCACAUUGGUAGGAGCCGGCGCAGGGCUGGCGGGCUACUCUCCGAUAGCAAGAGCGGCGCCCACGGCUAGCGAGGUCACAGCAUGGCUGUCGGACACGAGCUUACGGAGUAUGGCUGUGGAGAGCGUGGGAGGGUCUAGGACGCUCCUGAUCACUGCCAGCCUGCAAGCAGGCUCGGCCACGGCAGCCUU